AUGUUCUCACAUUCUAUAUAUAUCUACACAUGUUUUCUUUCUUUUUUCUUCCUUUUGAUAUCUUUUUCUUGCUUCCUUUCUUCUUUCUUCUGUUUCUAUCUUUCUUUCUUUUUCUUCAUGUCUUUUUUAGUUCUUUCUUUCUUUCUUUCUAAUCAAGUCCUCACGGAUGGCAAUACAUUAACAAAGAAGAAUGUACUGCUGAUACUGGCAGACUCAGUAAUGAUGACGAUGGCGACCACGACGAUAACGCCACAACGUAAUUACACCACCUCAUCCCCCCCCGACUCAUCCCCGCCUUCGUCGAUACAAAGUUUAUUUCCGUUUGGCUGCGGGGUUCGACUUUGUAACCGUAUCAUUCUCAUUAUUUAUCUAUCUAUCUAUCUAUCUAUCUAUCUAUCUAUCUAUCUAUCUAUCUAUCUGUUCAGUUCUACCUAUCUAUCAGAGCCUUUCAUAUCUAUCUAUCUAUCUAUCUAUCUAUCUAUCUAUCUAUCUAUCUAUCUAUCUAUCUAUCAGACCCUUUCACAUCUAUCUAUCUAUCUGUUCAGUUCUAUCUAUCAGAGCUUAUGCAUAUCUAUCUAUCUAUCUAUCUAUCUAUCUAUCUAUCUAUCUAUCUAUCUAUCUAGUUCAGUUCAGUUCUGUCUGUCUGUCUGUCUAUUUAUAUCUAUCUAUCUGUUCAAUUCUAUCUAUCUGAGCCUAUUCAUAUCUAUCUAUCUAUCUAUCUAUCUAUCUAUCUAUCUAUCUAUCUUUUCAGUUCUAUCUAUCUGGGACUGA